CAUUGGUUUAAAAAGUCUUUAAAGAGCAACCUUUGGUAGAGAAACCUGUGUUCUUAUUGGCUAGUAAAACCGUCGCUCGACAAGUACAUUUUUGUUGAGGUGCAGUUGAUAUGAAUUUGGCUGGGAGUCCCCAAGAUUCCGAACUGAGCAGUUCAUAGCGAUCGAACCCGAGUGUAGUUUAUUAUUUUGAAGAAUUAUUUUUUAUAUACAUUAUAUUUUUCUGUAUAUAAUAUAUUGUUUUCUAAAUAAGGGCAAUAAGAAUGGAACUUAAUUCUCUUCUAAUUCUUCUGGAGGCUGCGGAAUACUUGGAAAGAAGAGACAGAGAAGCAGAACAUGGUUACGCAUCGGUUUUACCGUACAAUAGCGACUUUUCCAGAAAGAAAACGAAAGCUUCGCCACUUUCAAGAAAAACGCAGAACAAUAGGUCAUCACACAACGAGCUGGAGAAACACAGACGUGCCAAACUACGGCUGUACCUGGAGCAGCUGAAACAGCUGGUGCCGUUGGGUCCGGACAGCACCAGACACACCACACUGAGCCUGCUCAAGAGGGCCAGGAUGCACAUCAAGAAGCUGGAGGAGCAGGACAGGAAGGCUCUGAACGUGAAGGAGCAGUUGCAGCGCGAGCAUCGCUACCUCAAACGGCGCCUGGAGCAGCUGGGCCUGGAGCGCGUCCGCACCGACAGCAUGGGCUCCACCAUUUCCACUGACUCUGAGCAAGAUGUGGACAUAGAGGGGAUGGAGUUCACCCCGGGCGAGGCGGACAGCGUGAGCAGCGUGAGUGACGGGGAGGACCACUACAGCCUGCAGAGCAGCUCCAGCGACGGCAGCUACGUGCACUCCCACAGACUGCAGCCCCUCCUGUGCUAGGCCCCGCCCCCGCCCGCCGAGGCCACGCCCCCGCCCGCCCACCCACCCACCCGAGGGGCCACGACCGCCUAUCCUCCGAAAAGCAGGCCGCAGACGUGCGACUCACCACUUCCUCUCUCAGAGACACGCCCCUAACCCCCCACCCCUCCACCUCCCCCUCCCCAAUCCAAACCCUCCCUCCAUUCACACCGCAGAAAUGGAUAGCUGAGCAAUUCAUGGUUUCUGUGGAGGAACUCUGUGGUGCACAGCUUUGACUUGCCACUGAGAACCGUGUGCUGCACAGGCCUGUUUGGUUACGUGUGUGUGUGUGUGUGCGUGUGUGUGCACGCGUGUGUAAAGUGGGGUAAAACACUUCCUAUUUAAUAUGAAACGUAUGCGUAGAAAACAAAACUGUUGCCAUGACUGUCAGCAGCGGAGUACACUAUGCAUCACGUAGUCGGUUUCUGAAAGAGGGAAAUGACCAAGCAUUUUUCCUUGACGGAAGAAAAAUAUAUUUAUUCACGUCUGCUGUACUCCACAUUUUGACCAGCACUUCUGAGAAGUGUAGCCUGCGACUUUUACGCCUCGCAUUUUACACAGUGUCUAUGUGUACGGCCGAGCGUGUUCUGAAGCAGUCCAGGCUAAUACCUUAGUGGAGUGCACAGCAGUGUGGCCUAGAGGCCUCAAACCUGCAACCCUCCUUUAACCACUACUUCACUGCUGACCGCUACCCUGCCCGCUGUGCUACUGGGGAUGUGCCGCUACAGGGUUUUACACCAAAGGCAACAUCUGAUUUCCAACUGGCAGGACUGGCGUGUGACAUCACUGCUAAUUUAACCCUUUGAAGAGUAGUAGUAUUUUUUUAAAUGCUUUUUUUUUUUUCUUCAAAACUCAAGUCAGAGUUCUGGAACUCAGUUGCAUUCACCAGCAGCAUUGUUACAUCAGCAUUAGAAUGUUCAGUUGAGAACAUUCUAAUCACAUAUUUGUGAUCUCACGCCUUAAAUGGUUAAAAGGACAAAGCUGCACUGAAGCAAUGCCAGCUCAGGCCUGGUGUGAUACACAUUCUCAGCAGCAGAGCGAUUUAGCCAGGAAGCAGGGAAGCUCCAGCUCCGGGGAGCGCUGAUCGACCUGGAGAGCAGCUAACGGGAGCAGUCCUGGACGUUCUCCGAGCGGGGCCGUCCAGUUCGGGUGCGGAGGACGCGGGGUCUAGGGCA